CAGCUCUCCGACGUGCGACGUGCCAGUGUCGAUACAACAGUGGUGAAGUGAUGGUCUGUGAUCGGGUUCGAGCGACCCGACGUGAUGUGAAGAACUGAAUUGGAGUCUUGCUAGCUUUAGCUAGGUCCGCAGGUAGUUGCACGCGUUUGUCGGGAAGACAUCAUGGAAGAAGUCUUUCAGAACGGAAAUUAUCAGAGGGAGGCUAACGCCAACAACAUGACUGCCGUGGAGACGCGAAAAGAGGACUGUUUGCUGGACCAUAUGGAAAUAUCAGUAGUGGAAGCUGAAAAAAGAGCAAACAAGGCACUUAAUCUAAGAGAAUUCUACACGGUAUAUCUCAUUGAAACUAAAAUCACUGAUCCAGAUUUCAAACACGCGUUAACUAGGGUAAGCUCAUUAUGGCGACGAUAUACCGAAUUUGAAUUGCUCCGCGCUUAUUUGGAAAUUUCUUACCCUUAUAUUGUGUUACCACCAUUACCGGAGAAGAAAGUUCUCUACGCGUGGCAAAAAGUGACGACUGAUACAUUUGAUCCCGACUUUGUCGAUCGUAGAAGAGCUGGUCUUGAGAAUUUUCUUAUAAGAGUGGCGUCGCAUCCUAUUCUUUCGCGCGAUGAGCAUUUCAUGGGAUUUCUCCAGCAGAGGGACGAUUGGAGAGAAAGCGUUAAAGAAACAGGGUAUCUGCAAAUUGCAGAAUCGAAACUGAAAGCGCUUAGUGUAGCUGUGCGUUUGAGAAAACCGGAUAAACGAUUCGAAACUAUAAAAAACUACGGAAUUGAGCUGCAGAAUAAUUUGUGCAAUCUUCUGCGAGUGCGUGCACGUCUCGUGGAAAAGCAACAUAGUCUGUACAAAUUGCACGCGAAUUACGGGCGCGUCUUCAGCGAAUGGAGCGCGAUAGAAAGAGAGAUGGGCGAUGGAUUGCAGAAAUCGGGACACUACUUGGACUCAUUAGCGGCAACGAUAGAUACCACUCUCGAGGAGGAAGAGCUCAUAGCCGAUCAGCUGAAGGAGUGGUUGUUCGGUGCAUCGGCGUUGCAGGCUGUAGUUAGACGAAGAGAAGCUCUGCAACUUGCAAAAGAUGAGGCACACGAUGCCUUGACUGCCACGUUCGAACAGAAGGAAAAAGUUAUGCAAGGUAAAGCCGGUCUGAUGUCACGCUUAUUCGGCUCCGUAGACACGGAGGAAGUUCGCGAGCUGAAAAUUCUUCAGCUGGAACAGCGAAUCGCGCAGCAUGAUGAGACUGUAAAACAAGUGGACGAAGAUUUAAAGUCUUUCUCCAUUAAAGCCAUGAUGGAUAUUGAGAGAUUCCAACAUCAGAAGGUUGUUGAUCUGAAAGAGAUUUUGGCCGCUUACUGCGUCUUGCAAUUUAAAUUAGCUAGGAAGGGUCUCCAAGCUUGGCAGCACAUCAAAGGAUGUCUCGAAAGUAUGCCGUAAACGUAUUUAUGGCGAAGCAGACUGUCAGAACAAUAAUCGUUCCCGUGUCUUUCGAUAUACAUUCCUGCAUCUGUAAGUUCACUCAUGCCCUACGCUUAUUAUCAUAUCGAUGUAUAUGAUGGUUAUUAUUUAAUGUCUUAGAUUUAUGUAUAGGUAAUAUUAUGUACGUAUGUAAUUCAUGUUGGAUAUACGUAUAUAUAUAAAUAUGUCUCGAAACACAUUAUUUAAAUAUUUAUAUGUAUUUAAUACACCGCUUAUGUGCGGGCACGAAUAAUCAAUUACAAUCAAUGAUGCGCGAAAAAGAGAUUGUACUUAAUCGUGUAUACAUCAAACCAAAAUGCGAUACGAACAUUUCUCGCAUUUGAUGAAAUGUGCUAUGUGCAAACGAUGACAGAUGUUAUCGUAA